AUGAAGCAAGAUUGGAGCUUGGUGGAUGGUCUUAACGAUUGGAGCAUGAUGCACGGCAUGAACGACUUGAGGGGCAGCAUGCACAACAUGAGCUCUAUAUUAAUUGGAAAAUUCUCAUUAGUCAAGAAUGACGAGGAAGUUUUUCAAAUGAUUCUCUUACGUUUUGAUGAGUGGAGCAGCGUGCACUGUUUGAAUAACAGGGGCAGCAUGAACACUGUUAAAAGGCAGAAAAUAUUUCAAUAA